CAUUCUCUCACAAGCGCAAUGUCCAAGAAAGCCAAGAGCGACACGACGACGGCAGGCCACGCAGGCGCGGUCUGCCUCGAGAUCGCUGACGUGUGCAAGGUCAUCCUUGGGUGCUGCUCUUUGGAGGCGGCAGCGCGACUGAGCUCCGUUGUGCUCAGUAACGUUGGCACUCGAGCGGUCGCCGAGGACGUCGACGUCUGGGCGAGCCUCGUGACUGCUAGCUUUGGCUAUCGCCGCCACUUUCCCGCUGCGAGCCCGUGCCCUAUCGGAAGUGUCCCCGUCCCCGCGCCGGGCUUUGUCCCGUCCUCUGCGUGCAUAGAGUUUUGCGAGACGGCUGUCGAGUGGGGCAUCUUGCAACGUGCGCGCAUCGUCCAAGGAAACAUUGAAACGAUCACAGACGUCAACGGUCAGCCCGUCGACUGCCUCGUGUUCCCGACGAAUGCAUCGCUUCAGAACGCGGGCACUGGCGCUGCUGCUGCUGUGUUUCGGCGCGCGGGCCCCGCGCUUGACGCGCACGUUGCCAGCUUGCGCAUGAAUGCCCGCGAAUCGACUGCCGUCGUGACACCAGGGUUCGCUGCCGGCGUCGAGCACCUCGUGCACUGCGUCGGUCCGUCGCACCACCGGUUUGACUGCAAUCCUCUCUUGUACCACACGUAUCUGAACGCGUUUGAGCACUGCCGCCGCCUCGGCGUCUCGUGCAUCGCUGUCGCGUCCAUUUCGACGGGCACGCUUGGGUUCCCGCUGCAGACGGCAACGACUCUCGCACUGCGUGCGUACCGCGACUUUGUCAAGACGCAUCGAUGGCGCGCGACAAUCGCCUUUGUGUGCUUCGACGCGCAGGUCGCCGCGGGACUUCAAGCAGCCAAGAACGAGCUGUUGGGCCGCUUCAAUGCACACGCAUUUCAGGUCAUGGCGGUUGUUUAAGACACCUCAAUCUAUAGUACGUCCAUGCC